UCAUUGAUGCAGAACCAAACGAAAACCAGAAGCCUUGCCAUUUCUCGUUUGUGGUGCCUGGAAGCUCAAGCUCUCUCUGUCUCUCUCUCUCUCUCUCUCUCUCUCUCUCUCGUCAUGAUGGGUCUGCUGGUUAAAUCUCUCUCACUCUCUGUCCCAUUGGUUUAGCUGAACUGUCAAAGAGAUUGGACGGUGGUUUUAGCGUUUUGGCGCUCGAACUUCAAAUUGGGUGAACUAAUCACAGAACCACUGGUUUUGCGUCAUCUGGGCAUUCCAUGGCUUCUUCGAUGCUCAAUGGAGGAACAACCCCGAAGGGGCUAGGGUUUGUGGCCUCAGAUUUGCGCGGGAAGCAUUUUCCCCAAAUUGGUCUGGUCUCCUGUGGCACGAAUUUUAGGGCUAUAACUAAAACCCUAGCUCCCAAAUGCAACCUUUCGGCUUCAAGGCCGUCCUCUCAACCUAGGUUUAUCCAGCACAAGAAAGAGGCAUUUUGGUUCUAUAGGUUUCUGUCGAUUGUCUAUGAUCAUAUAAUUAAUCCCGGGCAUUGGACCGAGGAUAUGAGAGAUGAGGCGCUUGAACCCGCCGAUCUUAGCCAUCGGAAAAUGAUAGUGGUAGAUGUUGGAGGAGGAACAGGGUUCACUACUUUGGGCAUAGUUAAGCACGUGGAUGCAAAGAAUGUCACCAUUCUAGACCAGUCCCCGCAUCAGCUCGCCAAGGCGAAGCAGAAGGAGCCCUUGAAGGAUUGCAAGAUCAUCGAGGGCGAUGCCGAGGAUCUCCCUUUCCGCACUGAUUAUGCAGACAGAUAUGUGUCUGCCGGCAGCAUAGAGUACUGGCCAGACCCACAGCGCGGCAUCAGGGAAGCAUACAGGGUCUUGAAGCUUGGAGGGAAGGCAUGCGUAAUUGGACCAGUGUAUCCGACAUUCUGGCUAUCUCGGUUCUUCGCAGAUGUGUGGAUGCUCUUUCCAAAAGAGGAAGAGUACAUUGAAUGGUUUGAGAAGGCUGGGUUUAAGCAUGUCCAACUGAAGAGGAUUGGCCCGAAAUGGUACCGUGGUGUUCGUCGGCAUGGGCUGAUCAUGGGAUGCUCUGUCACAGGUGUAAAACCUGCAUCUGGGGAUUCUCCUUUGCAGCUGGGACCAAAGGCAGAGGAUGUGUCGAAGCCCGUUAGCAACCCAUUUGCGUUCCUGGGACGCUUCCUUCUGGGUGCCAUGGCAGCGACCUAUUUUGUAUUGGUCCCCAUUUACAUGUGGCUCAAAGACAAAAUUGUCCCCAAAGGUAGACCCAUUUGAAAGAGAGAGAGAGAGCAUCAUCUUACUGGGCUGUUAUGCUAGGGCUGCUUCUUUCAUUUUCCAUUUUGCAGCAUGUUGAAACCUUGCUAUUGUUGAAAACCUAGAUUAGAUAAGAUAAUAUCUGCCAGUGCCACGGGUCUCCUCUCCUGUGUUAACAUUGCACCUUUAAUUUGAACGUCCAUUUGAGGCCCUUGAGAUA